CGGCAGUCUGUCCAUGCCGCUGCAAGGUAAAUGGAAACGACACAGAACUCUGGUUUAUAUAAUGUCUCUGCUGAGGGGAAUAGUUUAAUGUGACAGAACUGGACAACAGAUGAGACUAGGAAGCACAACAGCGGAUGCACGACUCCUCUUUCUCUUUACUCUUAAUUUAUCUCUUUGCAAACAUGUGACUUUUUACUGCUUUGUGCAUUUUUACUGCUCAAGUUUCCUACUUGUUUCAUUUUUCCAGUUGAGAGUCACAAUGGCAGAGUGAAGAUGGGGGACUGGAACUUCCUUGGGGGCAUUUUGGAGGAGGUGCACAUCCACUCCACUAUGGUCGGAAAGAUCUGGCUCACCAUCCUCUUCAUCUUUCGCAUGCUGGUCCUCGGGGUGGCAGCGGAGGAUGUGUGGAACGACGAGCAGGCCGACUUCAUAUGCAACACUGAGCAGCCCGGGUGCAGAAACGUGUGCUACGACCUUGCUUUCCCAAUCUCCCUCAUCCGCUACUGGGUGCUGCAGGUCAUCUUUGUGUCUGCCCCCUCGCUGGUUUACAUGGGCCACGCGCUCUACAGGCUCCGGGCGCUGGAGAAGGCCCGGCAGAAGAAGAAAGCGCUGCUGAGGAGGGAGCUGGAGCAGGUCGAUGUGGAGUUGGCAGAAGCCAGGAAGAGGAUCGAGCGGGAGAUGAAACAGCUCGAUCAGGGGAAGCUCAACAAAGCUCCCCUCAGUGGCUCCCUGCUGCGCACGUACGUGGCUCACGUUGUUACUCGCUCUGUGGUUGAAGUGGCCUUCAUGACGGGCCAGUAUCUCCUGUACGGCUUUCACCUCUACCCGCUCUUUAAAUGUGAGCGGGAUCCUUGUCCGAAUGCUGUGGACUGUUACGUUUCCAGGCCAACAGAGAAAAGUGUCUUCAUGGUGUUCAUGCAGUGCAUCGCUGGCAUCUCCCUCUUCCUCAACAUCCUGGAGAUCGUGCACCUGGGCUACAAGAACGUUAAAAAGGCCAUCCUGGACUUCUACCCUCACUUGAGAGACGACAGAGAGGAAAUCGAUGACUACUAUGUCAACAGGUAUAAAAAGGAAUCCGUUGUGCAGAUGUGCACCGGUGCAGGCCGCAAGGCAACGAUCGCCUCUGCACCCAGUGACUACAACCUCUUGAUGGAGAGGAUGCAGGGCACCAUCAUGUACCCAAACCUUAUCAAACCUUCAACUUUUCUACCUCUUCAGGGCGAUAAGGCCGCUCAGCAGGACUCAGAUGAUUGCAGAUGUUCCGCUCAAAGCCCCCCAGGGCACAUCUGUACCUCGACUACCAAUGAGUCGUGCUCUCCGUGCGGCGACUCCCUGAUUAACCCAACACAGGGGGGUAAGGACUUUUCACAUCUGCCCCCGCAAGGCGAGGAAGAGAGCAGUGAGGGGGGAGGCCCAGACUCUCCGAAAUGCCCACAGAUGGCAGCUGUCGCCUCCUCCUUGCCAACGCUGCCAGUGAGCGCGUCGAAGAAACCGUGGAAGGCUCGUGACUCGUUCAAAUGCUUCACGGUGCUGGAGGGUAAAAGCUCUGACACCGAUUCAUACGGGGGCAUAAAAGCCAGCAGCAGACCUCCCUCCACAAAAUCAGAUGAGAAACAUCAGAGCCGGGCCUCAACCCCUGAGUCGCUGGAUGAGUCCAGCUCAGGAUCGAGCCACAACCAGAGAUCGAUGGCAAGUAACACAAGCAGCAAGCGAGCUCCGGAUCUGCAAAUCUGAACUACUUCAUGUAACUGAAGUUUGCUUGUUUCCAUCAUUGUCACACAUCAGUGUUAUAUUUAGACUUUGUCUGUUAAAUCAAUGGAUUUCAAUGGAUUUCACAGAGCUGUGAACAGCUGUAGAACAGGGGAGGGUCCGGUUAUAUCUGCUUUUCGUUAUGUGCUUUUUGUGCUAAAGUUAGAACAAUUCAAUCCAUUGUUUUAUAAACUAAUGCAUUAAUUUAUUUAUGAGGGACUUUAUUAAUGUUUUCUAUAUUUUUUCCAACUAAUUUUGGAAUAAACCUGUUUUUGAUUGUGACUAACCUUCAUGUAUCGGUACCAAAUUAGCAGGAAAAAAUAGAUGUGAUCAUUUUGAAAAAUCAUAAAUGUUAAUUGUCUCACGCAUGAUUAGAUACAGUAGGUCUGCACUGGGACAAACAUAUACGAGCUAUUAUCCAUGAUAUUUUUCAUGGUAACUGACAUAUAAACAUUCUCUGAUUCAUCUAAACUUGUAUUCUCUACCUUUGACCCGGAAACGCAUUUUUACUUUGGAAAACUGUAACACUGAAAAGUCACAUUAUUGCUGCAGUGGCAUGAAAACAACUUAUAACAAUGUAUAGGCCUUUGCAAGCUGUCUGUCCAAUACAUGUGCACAUUUGUACCAUAAAGUCCAACUAAAGAAUAGAAUAUACAGAUAUUUUGGAGUGAAGAUGAUUUUGUCUGAACUGUAAUUGAAUCUAAUUUCAUCUCGAGUUAUGUUCGGACGAUAUAUUAAAGUCAUCUCUCAAAUAAAGAUGAGAUAAUGGGUUGACACAGUGAAAAGUGGAAAUAUUUGCUAUAUUUGCCACAUUAACAACAAUGUGUUCCAUGUUCUCCUGGGUAUCAAAUGCUAUCAUGGGAUUACCGAGCAUAUCAAUAAGCUGCACACAAAUACCUCUGGCUUUCUGUCUGUCUGCUCAAUAGUUUCUACUCUGUCCCUGAAAUAACUGAAAAGUAUUUAAUCUGAUUAAAGUUGGUAGAAAAUCA